AUGUCUCGAUCCAGCGUCUCGCAGGGCGACUUGACCUUCCUCAGGGAUACGCUUCUACAGAUCAAGCAAAGAGAGGAGACGACGGCGGGAAACCUUACUCGGAUGGAGGAUCAACUCUCUAGGAUGAACAAGAGCUCCCCCGACCGACGGAACCUCGAGGUCAGGAUUAACAACCUCCGACGCGAGCUUGCGGAUUGGCCCCGUCACCGCGACGCCGCGAUCCGGCAAUGGGUUGCGCAGCAUCCGCAUGCUGCCAUAGCCGACAUCGGCAAUCUGCCUCGGGAGCUCUACGACCAGGUUGUUAGGUACCUGCCAGCCCCAGAGACGUACAGCACCACCCGUCUCAGGCAGGUCCAGAACGAUGUUAAGAAGGCGAAGCGGUAA